GUACUGAGACGGAUAUCGGAUGUAAUUGUCGGGGCGGAAGAAUCGUCCAUUCCGCUCUGUCCGCGUGCACCAUGGCUGGGCAUGCGCGUGUGGUCUUGUUGUUCGGUGGCUUCGCCGCUCUGUUGGGAGCCGCCUUUUACCCCAUCUACUUUCGGCCGCUGAUUUACACCGAGCAGUACAGGCAGGAACAAAAGGUGAACCGAACUGGAAUAAAGCAGGAGGAAAUUCAGCCUGGAGGAAUGAAAGUCUGGUCUGACCCCUUCAAUAGGAAGUAAUCUCACUAUUGACCAUUGAUAAAUGAAGAAUUCUUCAGAGAUUGAAUAUUUUAUGCAAUUAUGUCACCGUGAUAUGGAGAAAGAAUUCUAAUAUGCUGUGUUCAUCACUUCAUUUAAUUUGUUAAAGAUAACAUUUACACUGUUUGAAAUGUCUUUGCAUUUAAAUUCUCCAAUUGUCUAUGUUCUCCUGUAUAAUGUUGCCACAACUAAAAUAGAUAUUUUUCUUGAACUGCAAUUUUGUGAUUCUACUCAAAUUCAAACUAUAUAGUUAACACAUUUAUGAAGCAUAAUGUUAAAUCUACAAGGAAAACAACAUUGUUAAGCCUUUAUAUCAAAUAACACCAUAACUUUAAUAUAAUAAAGCUGUAAGGAUUAAUAAAAUGUUCAACCUGUGGCUCCAGAUAUUCCAAUGAAAGACAUGAAAAUUAUGUGUAAAUCAGUUGUUAAAUUCUUAUCUCAGAAACUUGGAAAAACAACAGUCCCUAAAGUUUCAUAAUUAUACAGAUUUACUUCUUUAAAAAAACUGUGAAUAAUUAAAAUAACCUGAAGUAAAUCUUGUGGACAUUCUACUUAAAUAAGAAAAUAUGUUACAGGGUAAAGUUUUGCAGUGCAGUAGAACAUAGUUCUGUAAAAUCAUGAAGCUUCCAUAUCUAGCUUUUCUAGUGCCUCAUAGGUGGAAAAAUGUUGAGUGAAAAGCUGCUGAAUUUCCAAGGAUGUGUGCUGUCCUUUUAAAUUUAUCUUGUAUAUGUAUUUUCUACUUAUACACUACUUAAAUGCGUGUUUUGUCUAAUGCAUGAGUGCUGUGAAGUGUUUCAUUGAAUAAAAAAAUGCUACAGUCGUGCUCACCUGA